GAUGCCGGGCACCCGGCAACCCCUCCCUCUUAUUAGGAGAGCCUUCCCAAAGCGGAAGGUGGCAACACUAGCUUAUAAUGAGCAGCAGGAGCCAUCCCUCCUCGUUGACCUGACCGGUGAUGACGAGAGCAAGGUAUCCAGCAAGGGUUCAAGCGAGGACGAGGAUGGUCUACCCGGGCCGAGAGGGAGGGGCACACGGACCAGUAGUCAGAGAUCUCUCUCUAGUGAUCUCACAAGCGACCUCACAAGCGAUGACUCCGAGAUAGACAAUGACGUGGAGGCCGACAAUGGACCAUGUAAAGAUGUGAAAAUGCCUGGUCUCGAUGCCGGCUACGCUGAGAACGUGGGAGCAUUGACCAACACGCUAGAGAAGAGAGUUCGCUUCAUUCUUUUACCCACCGAUACCCACGGUCAGCAAGAUGCUGCUUUGGAAUUAAUGAAGGUGGAUGGUAUGAACAACAACAUCGGAACCUCAACUAGGCAACUAUGCAGCACUUUGGGCAAGGGGAAACAAACAAACAAACCUCCUCCUCCACCUAGGAAGCCACUUCGCCCGACCCCCAAAAAAAGCACUCCUGUGGAAGUCCUGCGAGCGAUUUCGGAAGGCCGAGAUGCAGACCAUCCUAUCAACAUGGAUAGCUGGGAUGCUUAUGAUGUGAUUACCUGGUCUUUGAGGGAGGUGGAGGCCUCUCCGGACCUGACAACUUCAGGUGUCACAGCGCCCAAGAAGCUGGAAUCUGCGCAACCACACACCUUCUAUGGCCCACAUGGGGAGGCAUAUGAUCUGCUGCAGUGCUUGCAGUUUGGGAGAGAGCUGGCCCUUGUUGAGUUCUUCUUCGACAAGAUAGAAGCGAAUUAUGUAGACAGUGGUCCAAAGCACAUGAAGCAGCCUCAGGAAUCAGUGUUGGAGGUCAUGACAUUUGAAACGUACAGGGCCAAGUCCAGCCAGGACAUUCUUGAGAUACUGUGCCAUAAGAAUGCAAUCGCCAUCACCGAAAUGCCAUUCGAGAAGGUCUCUUUCAACAAGAAAGGGCUGCAGACUUUGCAGCAGUCUUUCAAAAAUACGAUCUCCAUCCAAGGUGCACCGAUUGAGUCUCUCAAGCGCCCAAUUGACCUGGUGGCAUCAGAUUAUUCUAUCGAGGUCCAGGAUGACCCAAACAUCCGUCUUCGAGAUGGCACACUUGAACAGCUUUUGGAAGCCUCGCAGGACCAGGAAGGCAAGGUUCUGAAUGCGCUGGAUUUUCCGUUUGCUCAGUCACUCCGGUCACUUUGUGAGGUGUUCUCCAGUGAUAUGGCAGCUUGGUUUGCUACGGAUCGUCCGCUCGACAAGACCCCCAUACCUGUCAAAGACAUAUGCUGGGGGCUGGCCACGUUGGCAUGGGCAUUGACCUAUUGGCACAUUGACAGCAACAGUUUCAACACCUUUAUCAAUGUCCUGUGCGGUUCAAAGCUCUGGAUCUUUGGGGUUAGUUCCAGAGACAUGAGCGCCAUGAUCGAAAGGUUCUUGCAGCCAGAUUUUGAGCUAGAACAGCCGAAUGCGGGGGAUCUGGAUGGACCUCUCCCCAAGUGUCUGGCCGAUUUAGAGAUUGGGAAUAGGAUCUGGGAUCUCGAGGCCGUCCUCCUGCCACUGAACACCCGACUGUA